AUGGAAUCUGAUCUACCCUUUAGAGGAAAAACUAUUGUUUUUGGCAGCGAUUUUCGCCAAACUCUACCGGUUAUUGAACAUCUACCUUCACCAGAUUUGGUGCAAUCGACUCUUUUAUAUUCACAUUUAUGGCCUCAUAUGUGUAAGCUUCGGCUAGGAACAAAUAUGAGAGCUGCUUUAGAUCCAGCAUUUUCAGCUUUUUUGCUUAGAGUAGGAGAAGGCGUCGAACUUGUUGAUGAACAUGCUCAAACAUGCCAGCCACCUCAUAUGGUUAUUCCUUAUCAUAACAAACAAGAAUUGCUUGACAGGUUACUUGGGACCGUAUUUCCUGAUCUAAAUCUGUACUCAUGUGAUCCUUAUCAAACGAUAAAUAGAUGUGUCCUUUGUCCAAAAAAUUGUUCAGUUGAUGAAAUUAAUGAGAUGAUGAUUGCAAAAUUUUCUGGAUGUCUUCACAGAUAUAUAAGCUGUGAUAGAACUAUUGAUAGGAGAUACCAAGCAGAUUAUCAGGACUUUCUAAAUUCUUUGAACCCAAAAGGAUGCAAGAUGUUAUCCUUGUUAAAAAUGUCCUGCCUGGCUCUCAGGGAUGGACCUGCAAAGUCACUGUACAAGAGAAGCAGCAAAUAA